CCGGAUCAGCGACUAAGUGCUGUACCAUCAAAAGAGAUCCUCAUGUGUACGUAUGUCUGACAAGUCCGAGCCCCUUAGUCUAGGAAUGCUAAUCCAUUAUUCUACGUGUACAGAUUGAUGCCAACCGGAUAUUCCAGGGUGAUCUAUCAUGGCGACUUGUAUCCUAUUGAGGAGGAUCUGAGCUCGAGCACGUUGAAUGAUCAUGCAGAGCAAGUCUGGGCGGGUGCGGAUAAACAUCAACGCAGAGCAUUAUUUUGGUCUACGUUGAAAGCUUCGAGGGCUUUUUUGGCCUACUGCAUUUUCCCUCGCAUCUGCCUAAUCGGGUUCAAAUAUGCACAGCCUUUUCUGUUGACUAGGAUGUCAACUUUGCAAACAACCCAGAAGACCCGAUUCCAGAGGCUGGGGUCUUACGGCGGCUUUUGGACUCGUCUUUCUUGGCCUUGCUGUUGCAAAUGAGAGUUACUACCACAUGACUUAUCGCUUCAUGACUUCAAUUCGCGGGAUUCUGGUCGGCAUGAUAUAUGCCAAACC